UCGGUGCUGGGAGAUCAGUCUCGGUGGACACGAGAUUCAAGCCACGUGUGUUACUGUUGCCCGGGACUUUCAGGCAAAAGAAAAACAGAAGCCAAUCAACGAUUUAGAAUAAAGUUUUCUCCAAACGUAGCUACGUAUUCAAACGUGUUUCAAACGGCAGUGAGUGGUUCCCGGUGUGAAUUAAGGCGUGUGUAGUGCGUGUGGCAUACAUUUAGGCGUCAUGUCGUUCUCAAGCGUUGCCGUGUUGGCGUUGCUGUGUGGCGUUGGGCUUUGCUUUGCCUAUCCGUAUCCCUAUCCGCAGAAUGCGUUCAUGUACUACCGCAAUGCACUUCCGGUGAUGGCAUACCCUCAGCUGCAGCAAACCGCCAUGUAUCAGCACGCAAUGUACCAGAACCAGCGGCUACGGCAGAACUAUCAACGUCGUUCGGCAACGAGCGGGGUGGCCGCAUUUGCCGCCGGAGACAACAUCGCCACCGGUACGAUUCUCAAGGCUGACUGCCGACCCGCAGAUCCUGCUGUGGAGGGUUACCCUUCGGUGCAGUCGUUUGCCGAUGCGUACCCAGCGGACGCGUUGCCCGAGAAUGAGAUCCCGCUCAGCGACGAUGGUGAACAGUUGGAGCAGGAUGGAAAUGCCGGGGGCGAGCUAGACUUUGCACUAGACAACGAGGAGCCCCUGGAGGAUGUGCCGGCUGUUGCUGCUGCGCCGCUAGUGCCGACGACAACCGACAAGCGCAAGAAGAAGGUUACCGUCCAGCUCGAUUCUGCCUCGACUGAAGACGAUCAGGAGGAUGAAGAGCAGGUAAGCUUCGGAACGCGUCGUGGUGGUUCGGCCGGUCGUCCCGCCGGAGGGUCUGCUGGACCCAUGUUCCCCGUUACGUUUGGCAGCACCAAUGGCGGUGCGAUCGCUAUUGCUAACAGCUACAGCACGGGAAAGGGUGGAUCGGCUACCAGCCAUGCCACCGCUUAUGGCAGUCCAGCCUCGGUUCCGGAGGAACGUCGGCGGGCUGUUGUGCUGCAGCAACAGAAGCAGCACCAGCAGCAACAGCAACAGCAGCGCAGCAUUCGUCCGGCUAAGCUGCGAACGAAGCACUAAGGGUGCGCAUACUGUCGAACCAGCAAGGUGGUGCUGUCGGUGUGUUGGUUUAAUUUAUUCCUAGCAGUUCAACGUUUGUGCGAUAAGCGAUAAACCGAACGCAUGUGCAUGUGACUGGCCUAAUAAAUGUUUACUUUAUCUAACGAA